AUGCCAUACAACAUCGUUAACGUGGCCGCCGCGCCUGUGACUGAUGAUGACCCGAGUGCUGAACAAUCGAUCGCGUUAAGCCGCAUAGCAAGAAAGCCACUCGUCCAACUCCGACCUGACCCGAUCCUCAUCGCUGUGGUAGGAUUCCUGGAGUGGGUGAUGAAAAUACUGUGCCAUGCCAUGCAACAUCGUCAACCUCGUCGUCGCUCCGUACGUAAGCAAUCGAUCACGAUACCGCGCCGCGCAGCUCCAACGCAACUGCACCGUCAGACGAAGGACCGCACGCCGCUGACAACAGGGACGAUCGUUGUGCACAUGCGACACCGUCAUCGUUGUCGUCGCGUUUGUGAGCAGUUGAUCACGACGUUGUGUUGCGUGACGGGAUGGCCACCCGUGCAACUCGGGUUGCGCGGGGGCAAUGCCGUGCCAUGUCGUGCGACAUCGUCAACGUCGCCGUCGCUGUGCCGCACAACAGGAUGGCCACCCGCGCAACUCGCCGAACUGCAACGUGCAACGGUGGGCGGACCGUGGGCACCGGAGGAUGCGGCCGGGUGUGCAAGCCGCGAACGCCGGGGACGAGCGCUGCGGACAUGCGGGAAGCGACCGCCGUGCGAAGCGAAGCGAAGCGAAGCGAAGGGGUUAAGGGUUAAGGGUUAG